AGGCUAUGGUUUUAGCUUCGGCUGGCAGUAAAAUAGAAAUACCAAAUGAAAAUCCCCCAUCUUUUCAGGAAAUUGAAGUUCAAAAUCCUUCCAAUGUGCCUAAGAAUAAGCAAGUAAGUGUAGUAGAUUUGAUAAUAUCUGGAAAAAGUGAGCACAAUUCUGUAGAGGAAGGCAGGGAAUUUGAGGUGUGUAAGAGCAAGUUGGACACGGAUGAAGCAAGCAAGAAUUUACAGAAUGACUCAUUAGCUGAAGCAGCCAAUCAAAGUACAUACAUCAAGCCAUUCAACAAUUCAGCUGAUGCCGGUUUAAUAGUCAGUAUUGAUGAAGAUAGGGAGGAAGACGAACAUUGGUUCACCAGAAAUUCAGACUAUCAUAGACAACCGGACAGGUCAUAUAAUAUGAUGAUCCCCGGCCAUCACACUGUCUCCAUAUGUACGAACCUUGUACAAUUCAUCUCGUACUUCUUCAUAUAUUAUCCACACCACCAAAGAAACCCUCGGGAGUCUAGGGAUACGGAUGGCCUAACUUCAUUUGCUGAGGAGGGGUUAGGCCCAUGUAUCCAAUCCCAACCGUCACAUGAAUGUGGUUAUCUCGGGCACCCUUCAUUGUCAGGAGGAAAUUCGAAGGAGGAUGAUGCGUCAGAGAAGGUGUCACAACUUCAGAAAAGUCCUGCUUUAUCAUUGAUUGAUGAUGGUGGGCAGAGCUCAUGCUGUGCAAAGCUAUUGUUCGAUGCUGAUGAGAGUCCUAACACACUGUUGGCUAAGGAAGUCCCAGAGGCUACUCAGGCUAAUAAAUGUGCAGUAGUGGAGAUGGAGACAAUGAGCGGAAGUGGUGGAGAUAAAAUGCCAUCUCAAAUCCAUAUGAAUUAUGAAGUGACAGAUGCAGCAUCACAUGAUUUAGAUGGGAGGAUAAAGCAUAAUAUCAAGAAAGCUCCUGCGUAUUUAGCUUCAUCGGGGAAUGGUUCACUUGAUAAUCCUGUGAUUAUCGAUGAUGAAAAGGAAAAUUUCAAAUUUGACCCUUUUGAAGUGUUUGGUACUGAACUUGACUGUAGGAUAAAAAAGCUUGAGUGUGUUGUUUUCACUUUUCAGGAUGCGAACAAUUAAGUUAAGUUCCAAAGCAAGUUAAAGGUAGGAUUUUGCGGUAUAUCCAAGUGUUUGGUGUUAAGCUUUUGGGAAUCAACUGACCUGUGACCAAAGUAAGGACGGUAAGUGUGGUGAGGUUCUUCAAGAAUUUCUAACCUGACUUUUAACUUUUCGUAUUUCAAUUCAAAAUCUCAUAAAUUAUUUCCUUAACUAUGAGGUGAUCAACAUUGCAGGUAUAAAAAAAUAGUAUAUGAUGUUAAGAAAUACUGUACUAAGCAAGAUCAAUGUGGUCAUAGAAGGUGAAAGCACAAUUUUCUUAUGCUGUAAGAUGUAUUUUUACUUGAGGUGUGAAACCUCAUCUAUAGUUUUGAUGUUCUGUUGAGCAAUUACAAAUGAAACUGAUAACAAGUACUGAUGUCAUUCUUAAUGCUUGGUUUUCCACUUUAACGCAAUUGAAGUGGAGUAGUAUUCAUGAUAUACACUGAUAACUGAUAACAAGUACUGAUGUCAUUAUUGCUGCAGUAUGUAAGCAGCAUCUGCAUCAGUGUAAUGAUAUACAUCUGCUUUAUGCACAAAUCACUGUGAUCAAUAACCUACAAGGACUA